UGUCCGGGAGACAAAGAUGGCGGCGCCCGUGGAAGUAGCGGUGUGUACGGACUCGGCGGGCCAGUUGUGGAACUGCGCCGUGUGGGAGCUGCACUCGGGCACCAGCAUCCACACGUACCGCGGCGGGCAGACCGGGCCCCGCAGCCUCACGCUGCUGAACGGCGAGCACCUGCUGGCGGGACAGCUCGGCAAGAACUACAUCUGCGCCUGGGAGCUGCAGCGGAAGGACCAGCUUCAGCAGAAGAUCGUGUGCCCUGGACUGGUGACAUGUCUGACUGCGGCUCCUAAUGGCCUCUACGUCCUGGCUGGCAUCGCAGAGAGCAUAUACUUAUGGGAGGUUUCCACAGGGAACCUCCUGGCCAUCCUGAACCGGCACUACCAGGACCUCUCCUGCCUGGUGUUCACCGAUGACAGCAGUCACUUCCUCUCGGGGGGCAAAGACUGCCUGGCCUUGGUGUGGAGCCUCCACAGUGUGUUGCAGGUGGAGCAGUCCAAAGUUCCCGAUCCCCGUCACGUGUGGUCUCAGCAUACACUUCCCAUCACAGACCUGCACUGUGGUUUUGGGGGGCCCUUAGCCCGAGCCGUCACUGCCUCUUUGGACCAGACAGUGAAGCUAUGGGAGAUCUCUUCCGGUGAGCUGCUCCUCUCCGUUCUCUUCGAUAUGGCCAUCAUGUCUGUGACAAUGGACUUGGCAGAGUACCACCUGUUCUGUGGAGGCAGUGAUGGAUCUGUGUUCCAGGUCGACCUGUUCUCUUGGCCUGGGCAAAGAGAGAAGACCUUCCGCACUGAACAGGAGAAUGGAAAGCUGUUCAAAGGACAUCGGAACCAGGUGACAUGUCUCUCAGUGUCCGCAGACGGUAGCCUGUUGCUGUCAGGCUCACACGAUGAGACGGUGAGGCUGUGGGAUAUCCAGAGCAAGCAGUGCAUUCGGACCGUGAGCCACAAAGGUCCUGUCACCAAUGCCUUCAUCGUGUUAGCCCCAGCCAGCAUGUUCAACCCAGACUGCAAGCCAACCCUGCCCCUGCCCAAGUUUAGCAAGAGCCUUCUGGGAACCGAGAGCAGUGAAGGAUCUGGGAAUGAGGCAGUAAUGCUGCGCCUUGGCGUGAACCGGCAGGUACGGGGACUGGAGAAGAGCUAUUUGGAGAGAACGGAGAAGUUGCAUUCUGUGAUGUGCACUACAUUGGAUAAGAACUCCGUGAAGGACCAGGAGCAGCUGAAAAUUCGUGUGACUGAACUAGAGGAAGAGGUGAGCAGCUUGAGGAAAAUCAACAAGGACCUCUUUGACUUCUCCAGCCACAUCAUCACCAAGCCACCCAAAUGACUCCCGGCUCCACCUGCCUGGCUCAGCCCGCGGCCCAGGAGAAGCCAUGUGGCCCCCAGACCUGGGGGAGCUCGUCUCCGCAACCCACAGGCCUCCUGACCUGACCACAGGCCGUGAGUUCUGGGGGCAGGCUGUUUCCUUGUGUCCAUAUGCCACACACACUGGGACCACCCCCUUCUGGAUACCAACCACCCUCAUGACUCUGAACACAUGGCCUUCACGGGACAGCCAGGCUGUGGGGAAGGUGGGCGCACAGUGGCCAACAGCCAUAGAAUCUGCACUUGUGCUGAGAGCUGAGGCACAAACUUUGUCUGCUCAGACACUGACUGACUCUUCAAUACUGCCCAGGGGACUGAGAGAGGGGCCGGCCGAACAAAGGAGGGGGAACCCCGCCCCUUCACUGCAAGGUCUCCUGGGGCCACGGACAACACAGCACACGUCACCAACCGACCAGGGGGCAGUUUACAUUUUUGGGGUCCAUGAGAUCCUGGAUUUUGACAAAAGGGCUUUUUUACCCCUUCAUUUUCUCUUCCCUUCUCUCAGGUGAAGGCCCUAGCUCCCUUCACUAACCCUGAUCGAUCCCCCCACCCCCCAGUCAGUAUACUUCUUACCCUGUAACCUAAGAAGGAGCCUUCCCCACGAACCGUCAGCUUCUUCCUCACAUUUGUUCUCUACACGUUCUCUUCCACCUUUUUAAAUACUGGAGUAAAGCAAUAGCCAGUAGACAAGGGGGAGGCUCCGGCUUGCUGAGUUGGCACCAACAUCCUCAACUUGACCAAGUCAGAGGCUCUGCCCGGCGGGCCUCUGGGAGCCCUGGUCGCUAUUGAUGUAGUUUAUCUGGGUCCCUGCCAGACCGGGUUUGUUUGUUUUGUCCUACCCUGGACACUUGGUGUUCUUUGUGGCAGGACACACCUUUAUAUAUAUAUAUAGUUGGGGUUUUUUAUUGUUAUUUGUUUUUUAAAAC